AUGAGCGGCGCGCGACGCGAUGCCAACGAUGCCCCGCCGCCGCCCACCACGUCUCCUGCCCGCAAGGCCGACAACGUUCCUGAUGCCGGCUUGAGGAGCAUCAAUCACUAUAAGCGAGCUCUUCCGCGAUGGCGAUAUAAUCUUCGGCAACAGGCCAUACCGUUGAUUCGAUGGGAGACCCCGUAUUUGGCCUGGAUGCAGGACAAGCUGAGGACGCCUGCGUUGGAUAGUUACUUUGCCAUCACAGCCAACCUGGGCACCCAUACGUUUUUCAUGGUUGGCUUGCCAAUAUGCUUCUGGUGUGGCUGGGCGUCUCUGGGCAAGGGCCUGGUGCACAUGCUUGCUCUUGGCGUCUUUUGGACCGGCUUCAUCAAGGACUUUUACUCUCUCCCUCGACCGCUCUCGCCGCCGCUCCAUCGAAUCACCAUGUCUGGAUCUGCUGCUCUGGAGUACGGCUUCCCUUCCACGCAUAGCGCCAAUGCGCUCUCAGUGGCCGUCUACGGGCUCCUCAGCUUGCGCAACCCCGACAACGCUUUGCCCCCGGCAGCCAGGAUGGUUUUGGAAUGCCUCUCCUACUUUUAUGCGGCCUCCAUAGUCUUUGGUCGCCUGUACUGUGGCAUGCAUGGGCUCCUGGAUGUUCUCGUCGGCUCCGUCAUUGGCGCUGGCAUCGGCCUAGUGGAAUUCUACCACGGCCCUUCGUUCGAUGCCUUUAUGCAUUCUAGCUCCUGGAUAGCCCCUGUAGUUGCGGGACUUGUCAUUAUCGUCUUUGUACGCAUACAUCCUGAGCCGGCGGAUGAUUGUCCCUGCUUCGAUGACAGCGUUGCCUUUGCCGGCGUCAUGAUUGGCGUUGAAUUCGGAACUUGGACGUAUGGCAAGAUCCCGUCGGAUCCCUGGGAGGCCCAUGCCUACGGGGAGGGGACGGUUGACGUUGCGCCCCUGGGCCUUUGGGUCAACAUUGCGCGAAUUGUAUUUGGAGUCUUGGUCAUCUUUGCCUGGCGGGAAACAAUGAAGCCCGCUCUGCUCAAGUUCCUGCCUCAUCUCUUCCGUCUUAUCGAGAGGCUCGGCUGGGAUCUGCCACGAAGGUACUUCACCCCCGCCAGUGAAUACAAGUCGGUGCCUCCGGGAUCCCGCCUGGACACCUUGUUUCCCAAGGCCUCUGACUUUCCUCGAAUGGUGGAAGGUAUCCGGCAUCCUACGACUCGCGGGCGAGCCGUUUCUGUUGGUCCUCAAAGCGCUGCGGAUGCGUAUGAGGCAUUGGCGUACCGGGAACGGAGACGCAGAGAAAGCAUCAGCAGCAACCAAAGUUUACGAAGCAAAUCUAGUAAUAUAGAUCUUCAGGCUCAAGAAGAGGACAACCCCGGAAAAGCGGCAGAGACGCCCGGAGUGCAGAAACCACCCAAUCCCCGUGGUCAUGAGAAGGUAGAUGGUCUCGAGGAGAGUGAGCUUGAUGACGAGGAAAUGUUUUCCCGUCUGGUCCGUCCCCGUGUGAGGUACGAUGUUGAAGUCGUCACGAAGUUAGUAGUUUAUGCCGGAAUUGCAUGGUUUGCGACAGCGCAGAUCCCAAUCAUGUUUGAGUAUGUUGGUCUGGGGACGAACCACCUCCAGCGUCAUGGGCAAUGA